CGCAGCAGGGCCAAGGCUACAGAUGUUAGGACUCUAGAUGUUUUGACAGACGGGAAGACCUAUUUAGGUCACGUACAACCACGAUCUUGAAUUCGUGGUCAUGUCUGCGCUACAGAAAGAUGGUCCGUUUGCGUGGUUUUAUUUGGCAAUUACUGCUCUUACCUGUUUCCUACUCUUGGGUUUAGCUGAUUCGACAGGGAUUAUUGUAGCAGUGUUAAUAGUUCACCACAAUGAAAGCAACGCAAAAGGAGGAUGGAUUGGUUCAAUUGUUUUCUUCCUCAUAUUUGGUUUUGCUCCUGUCGUUGUCUCUGUUCACAACAGAUUUGGGUUUCGUUGGUGCAUGUUUAUUUCAUGUUUCUUUUACUGUUUAUCAUUCCUUAUUACCCCAUUCGUUGAGAACAUGAACAUUAUUUUCUUAACCUUUUCAAUUCCGAUUGGACUAUCAAUUAGUAUGAUUUCCACUCUAUCUGUAACAACACAACGGGAAUAUUUCAGCAAGUAUUAUGGUUCUGCAAUUUGCAUUCGUUACGGCGCUACUGCUUUAGGAACAGUCGUAGUUUCAUUUGUUUUACCGUUUGUUUUUGAUGGAGUAGGGUAUAAGAACACCUUUCUAUGUAUGCUCGCUUUUUUACCGGUAAUUGUAUGCUAUGGCCUGGUAUCUCGUGAUCAAGUCACAAACAUCGAAUCUCACAAAAAUGAGAAGUCAACAAAGAAAAUUUAUUUGGAGUUAUUGCAGGACAAGACGUUCACGCUUGGUUUAGCUGGAAUAGCGCUUCAAAUGUUAAGUAUUACAAUCCCGCAUGUUUUUAUGGUUCGUUACGGCAUGACGCUAGGCUAUUCAUUGUCAAAGGCAAAAUGGUUUUCGAUCUCUAAAGGAAUGACAAUGUUUGUUGCAACUUCACUUACUGGCCGCAUGAGCGAUAAAGCUUUAAAACAUGGGAAAAUCAAAUUGAUCAGUCUAACAUGCUGCGUGAUAUUUGGUGUAUGCAGUUUACUUUGUUCGUUUGUGGAGUCGUUUCCAAUGAUUGUGGUGUACAUGGCAUUGGUAGGCUUGGUAGAGGGCGUCUGGUGGUCUACAUAUCCUGUUGUUGUAGUGGAAAUUACAAGUGGUUACCCCACCAAUGAAGCGUUUGGCUUGGUAAAUUUUAUUGUAGCAUUGGUACGCUUACCAGGACCACCAUUUUUAGGUUGGCUGUUUGACAUUACUGGAGACUUUCGUUAUGCACUAUAUAUAAUGACUGUGAUUUCUAUAACAGCUGCUAUAUUUCUUGCUAUAAGUUCACAUGUGAAUGUUGAAAAACAUUUGUCGUUGUCAGAGAAGAGGAAUGCAAGGAAAACCUAUGUUAUUGAAAGCGAUGAAGCCAGAGGAGUCAAGGAUUCUCUUUGUUUUUUUCAUGACAAACUUAUUAUUCCAGAGACAAUAACUUACGAGACUUCAGUGUAAAAAUAUAUGAUGACUGAUAUUAUUAUAAGAUAUAAAUGAAACU